AUCGCUUCCUGUGCAGAGCCUUUCUGUGAACUGUGGGUUUUUUGGCUGCCGUCGGUACGGUACACAAUUUGCUUUCUAAUGGAAAUUUAUAACAACUGCUUCUACUGAGCAGAUCCUAUACAAAUGAAUUGCCUUUUGCUUUCCACUCCCAGGCUGUCAUACGUAGGAGCUGGGCUGAUGGUUGGACUAGAUGAUCUUAUUGCUCUUUCCAACCUCAAUGAUUCUGUGGUAUAUAAUUUGUAACAUAUAAAUUGUAGAUGGAAGGACUUUGAAGCUCUAUGCUAUUUUAUGUUAUCCUGCUGUUACGCCGCAGUCUGUGUGAUCCAGACUGUAAGUCACGCUGUAAGUCAUCGCUUUGGCUUCUAACAGUUGGAAGGUUUUAGAGAUGCUCAAGCCAGAACUCUUGCAUAUGAAAACACACUCUUCCCGUCGCUCAGAUCGUUGGCAGACAGGGCUGUGUUCUGCACUUUGGCAGCAAAAUGGCUGUUUUCAGGCAGAAGUUGGGUUUACUUUUUAUUUUACAGCUGUUUGGAUGAGUACAAGUUUGUAGAGAGACGUUCCUGUUUGUUUUUUAACCCCUCUGCCUUUAUUCUGUUUUCUGCCUUUGACAGAAGUUACGUACAGGAACUUGGGCUUAUGAAAUGCAGUAUUCAUUUGAGCCUUCAGACUGACUGUAACGAUGACCAGAUCGCUUCCCUUCUCUGCCUUUGCUUUAGGGGUGGAGCUGAGAUGUUUGCUGGUUCUGUAGCCUUUGAGGAUGUUGAAAUCUGUAAUUACGCUUCAAAACACGUUUCAAGAGGUUUGGAAAACACACUUGGUGUAAAGCAUGAAGGGUUUGGAUCUGUUGAGUCCUAGGGCUCUCACACUUCUGUUAAUAAUCUGCUUGUGGAACGACCCCAUUACCACAGUAAUAUCAGCAAAUAAUCUCCUUUUCAGCAAUAAUGCUCUCCUGGUCACUCAGCAUCGCGCAGCAUCCUUGGUCUGUGCUCCUCGGUUGGCCAUUUCCAUGGCAGUGUUGUGUGCUUCCUCCUUCCUGGGAAAGCGUUCCUUUAUCAGGAAAGAUGUUUAUGGGAUGGAAUAGGUCUGAGAACGAGCAGAGGUUGCCAUGAGCCUGCUGGGCUCAGGGUUGUUGUGCUUACAGUGGUGGAAGGAUACCAGGGGAUGUGAUCUCCUAUCCUCGGUAAGCCUGCCUUGCUGCUAGUCUUCACCUUGCUGUAGGGUCAUACAGUUGUUUGAGUUGGAAAGGGCCCUUAAUGGCCAUCUAAUCCAACUCCCAGAGAAGACCAAUGGCGUUUCCUCUGAGGCUGAAGGAUGGAAGGAGGGGAGGAGAAUCAGCCAUUGGGGAGAGCACUGUGUUCAGGUGGGUUCCUCAGUCCCAAGGCAGAGAUGUCAGCAGGCUGAGCAGUUUCACCCCACGCUGUCUCCAUAUGGUUCCUAAAAGGUGAACUGAAGAACCUCCUUUAUUUUAUUCUUCCAUAGUCAUCAGUAUGGAAAACGACGAUGGGUUGGAGGUUGGACUUGAUGGUCUUAGUGGUCUUUUCCAGCCUUAAUGGUUGUAUGAAGAGUAAGUCUUCCUAUGUCAUAAGUGGGAAAGCUCUCUUUUUUUUUCUCCCAUCUUCGUGUUUUCCGCUAAAGGAUGGAAGUGUUUUGAUAGAAAAAAAGAAAGUAUUUCUCUCACGACUUUCGGUGUUUUAGGUGCUAAACAUUCCUUUUAGUUUGAAGAGAAAGAAGCCAAAUUAAAUCCCAGAUGGUUUUGGUGCCCGCUGCUGUUUACUCUUCUGAAACGAGUGGUGCUUUGGUUUGAGAUCAGCACUGUGCCUUUGUUUGUGUGCCACUCGUGGGCGGUCACAGCUCGGCUGAGUUGUCCUGGAGGGUUUUCCCGGCACAGAACAUCACUUUGGAUCAGGGUGGUGAACCCUGAGGUGACCCAUCUCCGAGCACUCAGAGCGGUGCUGGUGGUGGUGCGUCUUGGAGAACGUAACUGAUCAUAAAGGUGAACAAUCAGAAUAAUGGUCAACAUAAACCUGUUGGAGAACCUGAAGGUUUACAUCAGCAGCCGACCUCCACUCGUGGUCUUUAUGAUCAGCGUAAGCGCUAUGGCCAUAGCUUUUCUGACACUGGGUUAUUUCUUUAAAAUCAAGGAGAUCAAGUCACCAGAGAUGACAGAGGACUGGAAUACUUUCCUCCUGAGAUUCAAUGAUUUGGACUUCUGUAUAUCUGAGAAUGAAACCCUGAAGCAUCUCAUCAAUGACACCACGACUCCAGAAAGUACGGUGACCAGCGGGCAGGCGAGAUCUUCCACACAGUCCCCACAGACUCUGGAGGACUCCGGUCCCAUCAACAUCUCCGUUACAAUCACUUUGACACUGGACCCACUCAGACCAUUUGGCGGAUAUUCCCGCAACAUCACACAUCUAAGUUCAACCAUUUUUGGACACCAGAUUGGACUCUCAGGCAGAGAAUCCCACGAAGAGAUAAACAUUACCUUCACACUGCCGGCUGCCUGGAAUUCAGACGACUGUGUUCUUCAUGGUCACUGCGAGCAGGUUGUGUUCACAACCUGCAUGACUGUGACAGCAGCCAGCAAUGUAUUCCCUGUCACAGUUCAGCCACCACAUUGUGUUCCUGAAACAUACAGCAAUGCCACGCUUUGGUACAAGAUCUUUACCACAGCAAGGGACUCUAAUACCAAGUAUGCACAGGAUUAUAACCCCUUCUGGUGUUACAAAGGAGCAAUUGGAAAAGUGUAUCAUGCUUUAAAUCCCAAACUAACCGUUAUAGUUCCAGAUGAUGAUCGCUCUCUAAUAAACCUACAUCUCAUGCAUACCAGUUACUUUCUUUUUGUGAUGGUGAUUACAAUGUUCUGCUAUGCAGUUAUUAAAGGCAGACCAAGCAAACUGAGGCAAAGCAAUACAGAAUUCUGCUCUGAAAAGGUUGCUUUGUCAGAAGCAUAAUCCAUCCUCUCACCUUACUGAGAAUGACUGAGAACCGUAAUCAUUGCCUGCUGAACCCAGAAUGGGUCUUAACACUCUGUGAAUACAUUAUCUUGCAAUGUUGGUUUAUUCCAACCAAAGACAUUUCAAGUGCCUGUAAUUGAUUUGUACAUAUUUAUAGAAGUAUAUUCAGAAUAGGUCAGAUGAUGCACUUGUUCCGCAUUGUAGUGCGGCCAGAAGCGUUCAGUCUUUACCUGUGGACAUAGCUGAAUGUUCGUGUAGAUAUGUUUAGUGACAUGGCUACAUAUAGUCAGAGCAAGAUAUUUUUGUCUAGCUGCAUCUGGGCAGGUUAAGAUGCCUUUGCAAAUGUCUCAAACCAACAAAUCUUUGUUAUUUGCCCAAUGAUAUGUACAGUGUGUUUGAAACGGUAUGCACCUUUGAUAUAAUACUGCAUUUCCAGAGCCACCAAUCUACUACAUGAGUUCAAUGUGUGUUUGUGUGGCCUGAUACCUUCUUCCAUUUGCUCCUUGCUUGCAAGAAAAGAUAUCAACAGUUUUAGGUUUUUUGUUUUUUUUUUUUUUUUUUUUUGAAAAAAGAGAUACAUAUACACAUUUUAAUAGUGCUGUAUUUAGGACAGACUUGUGCUUUUAUUCAUAGUAAAAACUUAAGAAGUGAAGUCCCGUUUUAAAAUCUUUCUUAUUGAAAACUACGUUUGAUUCUUCUUGUUAUUUUUUUAGUUCCAUUUGGCCCGCUGAAUGCCAAAGGGUCAGCACUGAGACUGCCUGGGAAGCUUUCUGCUUGGCCUCCCAUCCGCAGCCCUCAAACCCGGAACGUGCAUCUGUGCUGCAGAGCAGCUCUCUGUCAGCCUUCCUUCUAGAAAGUGACACUUGGUGAGAAGAUGCAUUGUGCUGCCGGGGCUCUGCACAGCCUCAGGCAAGUGCAAAUAAUGAAAGGAAAGGAAAUCCUGUCCUCUGUUACAAAGCCUCACUCUGGGGCUCUCCAUCCAUCUCUGAAGGGCAGCGGAAAAUGACACUUUUAUUAGCUUAGGCCAAUCUCCAUUUAAUGCUGUCCACUCAGGGGAAGAUGACAAGGAGGGAACUAGGGCUGUCGUGAUCAAGGUCAAAGAAACCACACAGUACAACUCAUACUGUUCUCUGUGUCCAUUCUUCAAUCAGAGGAGCUUCAUUAUGUGUAUUUUUCCCUUUUCCAUUCUGGCUUUUGCUGUUUAUUUCCCUCCUGUUAUUCAGUAACCUCAUUAAUUUUCAGGAGUUGUGGUUUUCCUGCAGACAUUUCCACCACUGCUUUUAAAAUCUCACUGGUUGCCUUAAUUGACCUUUCAGCUUCACUUUGUAGUAUAUGUCUGCUAUGAUACACUUAUGGGUUUUUUUCUCUCUCUCUCCCUUUGGUAAAUUUCACUCUGAACUACACAAAGCAACACGACUCGGGUCACAAUCUGACAGUCUCCAUUGUGCUGGCAUAAGACUCUUAGUUUAUUACCAAUAGACACUAUCGUGAAUGGUACCCUGCUGGUCUGUGGGCCUGUAUAUGUAGGACUUCAGCAUUCAGUAAGUUUGCUUCAAAUGCUCUGAAGAGCAUUCAAGGGUCACACUUUUGGAUCAGAACGUUUCCAUUCCAGAAUUCAGUUACUUAAGCAGUGGUAAUGCAUUUUUUUUUCCUCCAGUGAUGUUAAAGCAAAGCUCAAGAGAUGGCCCAGUUUGAAGUCUAGGGAUAAAACAAAGCUUCCAGUUUUCUCCUGAUGCUGCUAGGGGCUAAUAUUGCUUCAUUGGCAUGGCUCAGCAAGGUAAAACAGCUUUGCAUGGAAAUUGUCUGAGCUGUUCUUGAUCCAUGCAAACCACCUUCUGCUUUAGUGCUGGCUGUGAGAGUUGCCUAUGAGGGUGGUUUGAUCUGGGGACCAAAGGCAGGAAGAGGAAAGUGAUUGGGGUGGUGCUGCAGGUUCUAGAAACACCUGGAGAACACUGAUAGUGGCUCCUUUAAAAAAGCAUACCCACCUCCUUCCAGCAGACUAAAAAUACACCUCCAGGUGUCCCAUUUACAGAUUGGUCUGUUGGGGAAGAACGUGUGUGUGUGUGUAUAUAUAUUAAUCUGGUUUUGCUAUUUGGUAAUGAGAGGAGCCUGCUUUGUGGUUCAUCACCCACUGUAUGGAAAUAGAGAGAAACACUGAGAUUGUGACCAACGAAAGCAAAAGGGAAAAUGUUAGCUGGUUUUUUUUUGGCCUUAGUUUUCCCUUUGCCCCACUAUUGCAGCGGGGAGGAAGGAGUCCAUCAGGUUGGGUUGCUGCAAUGCUGAGGAAUAUCAGAUCGUUCCUAGGCACGAUGUAAAGCAAGUUAAAUGCAGCCAAACAGAAAAACAAAAACUUAAUGUUAGAGUUCAGAUCAUAUUGAUCUUUCCUUUUUUUUUUUUGUUGUUGUUGUUUUCUUUUGCUUUUGAACUAUGACUUGAAUCAGUUUUGAUUCUAUUUGUACGUGUUUUUCUUGUUCUUAGAAAGCUGCCGUUUUUCUUUUGCGUUUUUCUUUGGCAUUACAUAGAAAAUCUGAGCCUUGGUUUUCAACCCUCUGCAGGUGGUCGUAGGGUUAAGAUGGCUUUUUGUUUUGUUCUUACAUUUCACUUGUCUUGUUGCAUGACGGUUCAUAGCUGAUUUGGAAAUGACAUUUCUCUCCUAGGUUAAUUUUGUGUUUGUAUGAUGUGCAUAUUGCUUUGCAGAAUAAAAACGAUGAAGUUUA